CAUCUUAAGAAUAUAGUCAAGGCGACUUUAUGACGUCAGCGUCUACGCACUUUCGAUCAUAUUAAUUUUAUCGAAGCGUACGUGCAACAGCCAGUAGAAUUUCGUGCGUGGUGUGCGCCGCCUUGCUAAAUAAUCUAUCGAGUUUCGUUUCCGAAUAAAACAAAAGCACAAUUGACAAUUGACAAAACUUGUGCAUUAAUGUAAUUGACAAUUUGGCACUUUUUUCACGUAAUUGACACUAUUCUGACAUUUAAAUGUGAAAAUCAAUUCAUCAAUCCUAGUGAAAAUUGCCAGCAAUCAAAAACUUUAAUCAUCUACUUAGCAACGUUUGCCAGCAAUUUGCCGGUAACUUUGAAAUCGUUAUUAUCAAAAUUCGUGCUGUUGCUGUUAUGUUGCCAAAAUAACAUUAGAACCAUACAAUUCUGCCACAUUGCCGAUAACGUACUUUGACGCUGCUAUCUUGUCGUGCUGAUAAUACAUACAUGCAUUGUUGCCUAUGUAUUGCUUCAAUUUGAAAUCGUUGAAGACAAAUAUACGGGGAAUUGUCAGUAUUACAAGCAAUCACAGCCACUGCUGAGACCUUGUCUGGACAGUAUUUUAUUUAUAGAAUCAGUUCAAAAAUUCCUGUUACGAUGGAGUUAUUUACUUUACUUUUGAUUAUUUUGACAGCAAGUAUAUGUCUUUAUCACUUUGUUCUAAGCAAAUUAACUUAUUUUGAGCGGCUGAAGAUCCCGCAUAUAAAACCAAUUCCAUUCUUGGGCAACCUGGCGCCUGUCGUUUUCGGACGUAUGAACCCGAUGGAGAUUCAACAAAAACUAUACAAUCUCUACCCGGAUGCAAAAUACUCCGGCUUCUACAUGUUUCUUAAGCCCAUCUUUAUGAUCCAUGAUCCAGAGCUGAUUUCAAUAAUUGCCACUAAACAAUUUGACAACUUCUGCGAUCACAAUGGCUUUGAAAAUAAAAGUGCCGAUCCGAUGGUUGGUAAAAAUCUGUUUAACUUGCAAGGAGAUCAUUGGCGCGAAAUGCGAAGACUUCUUACGCCUAGUUUUACAUCCAGCAAGAUGAAGACGAUGUUUGGACUUAUGAGUCAGUGCGCCGAGAACUUUGUCAAUUUUGUGGCGACAGAAUCUGGAAAAACCGGCAAGACAUAUAAUAUGAGAGACAUACUUUCCAGAUAUGCCAACGACGCAAUAGCUACUUGCGCGUUCGGUAUUAGCGUGGAUUCUUUUAAAUAUCCGAACAAUGAAUUCUUUAUGCAUGGUAGCAAAGCAUUGACUUUUGAUGUCAGGACACUAUUCAGAAUUUUCAUGAUUGGAUGCUUUCCGCGACUUGCGAAACUCUUCAAGUUGAAAACAUUUAGCCCAAAAACAGAAGGUUUUUUCAAAGAUAUUGUUGUUAACACAGUGAAGACUAGGGACGAGCAGGGAAUUGUUCGUCCAGAUAUGCUUCAAUUAAUGAUGGAAUCCAGGAACAAAGAUAGCGGACCCAAGUUCGACAUCGACGAUAUGACUAUUCAGGCAUUUAUGUUCUUUUCCGCCGGAUUCGAUUCUGUAUCAUUAGCCAUGUGUUUCAUGACGCACGAAGUCGGCAUCAAUCCCGAUGUUCAGAACAAAUUGAGAGAGGAAAUCGACGACGUCCUUAGACAGACCAACGGCAAACCUACCUACGAAUCAAUCAAUCGUAUGAAAUAUUUGGACGCUGUGGUAAACGAGACUCUCCGAUUAUAUCCAGUAUCACCUUUCACUGACAGAGUAUGCGUUAAAGAGACCGAAUUGCCACCAGCGACUCCAGAUGGUAAACCAAUUAUGCUAAAGCCUGGAGAUGGCAUAAUGCUCCCAGGUUUUUCUCUGCAGCGCGAUCCAAAGUAUUUUCCGCAUCCAGACAAGUUCGAUCCAGAAAGAUUCUUAAACGGACUUAAUGUGGACAAUUCAGUCUAUAUGCCAUUCGGUAUCGGACCCAGAAUGUGCAUUGGUAAUAGGUUCGCUAUAAUGGAAGCAAAAGUCAUGCUGUUCUAUCUGCUUUGGCAUUGCGAUCUCGAACCCGACGUUAAAACCAGUAUUCCUGUGGUGCUUAAGAAGAGAUCACCCUUUCUAACAGCGGACAAAGGCUUCUGGUUGAAGUUGCGAGCAAGAGAUUCGAAGAUUCUGGUUACACAAUAAUCAAACAAAUAUAGAGUUGAUGAACAAUGAUGAAGCAUAUUCGCACUCUUUAAAUAUGAAAAACACAAUAUUUUCUACAAUUAUGCAAUAAAGUUACUACUAAAUUACUACUUUUAUUGAAGAUUGUAGAAUUGAACAUUAUACAUAAUAGAUUAUAUAAGUUUAUUUAUAAGUAUCAUUUUGUAGUAUGUGCAAAGUGUGUAAGGUUGAAUAAUAUGCAAUGCGUAUUUUUCUAAUGUAGUUGUAAGUAGAAGUAUAUUACAGAUAUGUGUUA